AUGAGUGGAGGGAGGAGAAACAAUGACAACGACAGCAAUGAAGGAGAAGAAGGAGGAGGAGGAGGAGGGUGGGCGUCAACGUUUUUUAAAGUAGCCGGCGCAGCCGCCGCAACAGCAGCAGUAGCUGGUGGCUUAUACAUGAGUCUCCUAAAACAAGCCGAUGCUGACGUGGCAGCAGUCAGAGUACACGCCGAUGAGGAAGUGAUACUAAACGUAGACGGUUCGCUUCUGCGCCAGAUUCCAUCAGCCGGGUGUGGCGGAGUUCUAACCGACUCAUCAGGAAAAUGGCUAUGCGGCUUCGCUCAGAAGCUGAAUCCAAAUUUAAGAGAAGACGAAACAGAGAAGGAAGCAAUUUUAAGAGGUUUGAUUUGGGUAAAGGAAAAAGGGAAGAGGAAAGUUACGGCGAAGACGGAUAAUGAAGGGAUUGAGAUAUCGGUCAAUUCUGGCCGUAGAUCUAAUGAUCCUCUUAUAUGUCGCAUAAGGGAAGUUCUUAAUAGUCCUCACUGGCAAGCUUCGUUGAUUUGGACUCCUGGUGAUACAAACGCUGUUGCUGAUAAGCUUGCUCACAAAGCUCAUAGUUUAACUUCUUUUGAUCUGCAUCACUUUGAUUAUCCUCCUCAGAACUGUGCUACCCACUUCCUUAUAUGA